UUCAGUAACAACACUGUGUACCUGUGGUUUUUCUAAUCUGCAUAUAGUCUCCGAGUGAGUUUGUGCGGUGGAACAUAUUUCGCAGUCCUGUGUACCAGGGAGCACUCUGGAGGGAGAGUACAGUUUGGGGAAGGGAGAUCUGGCUUCAUCUCCCUGGGUGAAGAUGUCCCAGCGAGGGAAGGUGUUAGGCCACCGCCUGAGGAAGACCUCAGAGUAGGAGCUGUCCCAUUUCAUCACCCAAUGGAAGAAGUCUCCCGAGUGAGUUUGUGCGGUGGAACAGAUUUCGCAGUCCUGUGUACCAGGGAGCACUCUGGAGGGAGAGUACAGUUUGGGGAAGGGAGAUCUGGCUUCAUCUCCCUGGGUGAAGAUGUCCCAGCGAGGGAAGGUGUUAGGCCACCGCCUGAGGAAGACCUCAGAGUAGGAGCUGUCCCAUUUCAUCACCCAAUGGAAGAAGUUCCCAUCCCUGUGUGGAACUUCUAAACAUCUUUUCCUACAAAAUGAAGUCAGCCUCUUUAAACCAGCGUUUGUGUGGUUCUGUUCAUCUGCUACGGUCCAUGAAGCUUGAGAUCUAAGGAGUACAGGGUCUUUUGCGAUGACAAUAUGACUAAUAAUAGUAAAGGAAGAUCUGUUAAUAAAACAAGUGAUGGUCCAAGUAGCGGAGGAGGUUUUGUAGACUGGACAUUACGCUUACAUACAGUUCAAUCUGAUAAGUUUCUAAACUUAUUGUUGAGUAUGGUUCCAGUAAUUUACCAGAAAAACCAGGAAGACAGGCACAAAAAAACUAAUGGCAUUUGGCAAGAUGGAUUAUCAACUGCCGCACAGACUUUUAGCACUAGACCUGAGCAGCACAUGGAGUACCACAGUUUCUCAGAGCAGUCUUUCCAUGGCAACAAUGGGCACACACCAUCAGGCUGUAGCCCAGUGUAUGACGACUAUGCCAACUAUAAUUACUGUGAUGAAAGGGAGACGUCCGAAACUACUGCCAUGUUGCAGGAUGAAGACAGAGCGAGUGAUGGUGAUGAAGAUGCCGUUGUAGACGCAAACCAAAAAUUACCAAAGGAAUCCAGUGGUGUCAUGGCACUGCAAAUACUUGUGCCGUUUUUGCUCGCUGGUUUUGGAACAGUUUCAGCUGGCAUGGUUUUGGAUGUAGUCCAGCACUGGGAGGUGUUCAAAAAAGUAACAGAAGUUUUCAUUUUAGUUCCUGCACUACUUGGUCUCAAAGGGAACUUGGAAAUGACAUUGGCAUCUAGAUUAUCGACUGCAGUAAAUAUUGGGAAGAUGGAUUCACCCAUUGAAAAGUGGAACCUAAUAAUUGGCAACUUGGCUUUAAAACAGGUUCAAGCAACAGUAGUUGGAUUUCUAGCAGCUGUGGCAGCAGUUAUAUUGGGCUGGAUUCCGGAGGGAAAAUACUACCUUGAUCAUUCCAUACUUUUGUGCUCUAGCAGUGUAGCAACUGCCUUCAUUGCGUCUCUUCUGCAGGGAAUAAUAAUGGUUGGGGUUAUCGUUGGUUCAAAGAAGACUGGUAUAAACCCUGAUAAUGUUGCUACACCCAUCGCUGCUAGUUUUGGUGACCUUAUAACUCUUGCCAUAUUAGCUUGGAUAAGUCAGGGUUUGUACUCCUGUCUUGAGACCUAUUACUACAUUUCUCCAUUAGUUGGUGUCUUUUUCUUGGCUCUAACUCCUAUCUGGAUUAUAAUAGCUGCCAAACAUCCAGCCACAAGGACAGUUCUCCACUCAGGCUGGGAGCCUGUCAUCACAGCUAUGGUUAUAAGUAGCAUUGGAGGCCUUAUUCUGGACACAACUGUAUCAGAUCCAAACUUGGUUGGAAUUGUUGUUUACACACCAGUUAUUAAUGGUAUUGGUGGUAAUUUGGUGGCCAUCCAGGCUAGCAGGAUUUCUACAUACCUCCAUUUACAUAGCAUUCCAGGAGAAUUGCCUGAUGAACCCAAAGGUUGUUACUACCCAUGUAGAACAUUUUUUGGUCCAGGAGUAAAUAAUAGGUCUGCUCAAGUUCUACUGCUUUUAGUGAUUCCUGGACAUUUAAUUUUCCUCUACACUAUUCAUUUGAUGAAAAGUGGUCACACUUCUCUAACUGUCAUCUUCAUAGUAGUAUACUUAUUUGCUGCUGUGUUACAGGUAUUUACCUUACUGUGGAUCGCCGACUGGAUGGUCCAUCACUUCUGGAGGAAAGGAAAGGACCCAGACAGUUUCUCCAUCCCCUACCUGACGGCUUUGGGUGAUCUGCUCGGGACAGCAUUGUUAGCCUUAAGUUUUCAUUUUCUUUGGCUCAUUGGAGAUCGAGAUGGAGAUGUUGGAGACUAAUAAAUCCUACAAACUGCUCUCAAGUUACCAAGGAGGAAAACACAAGACAGCCACUUACGGCUCUUUUUCAGAAAUCUUAAAUCAGUAGUUUGACUUCUGCCAGGGUAAUCUUCAGUUGACCCUGACUCAAUUAAAUGGCCUUAACAUUUUUUAAAGGACUUGGUAUUGAAACCAGAGUGAACAGUGUUUGUGCUGCUGUUCAUAGAAUAAAUGAUAAUUUGGCAUAGACCUAGAUACAAGCUCAAGCUCUGAAAUAAAUAGGAAAGACUAUAGGAUGUUUACAAUGAAUAAUUUUAAAACCACAGGCAUUGCAUAAAUGUACUUUAUUAUUGUUUGACUUAUAAUGCCAGUUUAGAGGAAACAAGUCUAGUUUAGCCUUUCUUGUCUCACAAAUGUGUUGUACCGCAAAGCAUACUAGAAAAUGAAAGGGGCCCAACAAAACUUUUAAUAGUUUUAAUUAUACCUACCUCUCUGCUAACUGAGGGUAAAUUUGCCCAUUACUUGCUCCUAACCUGACCUAAAUAUAUUUUGCUGAGCCUAAGAUAAAUUCACUUUUACCUGCUCCUGUGAAUUUCCCUGUGCCAAUGCUAAUUUAAUUUCAACUCUGCAGAAUGACCUUGAGAGAUCUUUAAUGAAAGCAAUGGGUCAUUUUUUAUCUUUGAUUUGUUGAAAGAAUGUUGAUCUUUUUAAAAGACUUGAUAGUCAAAAACAGAAGAUGCAUUUAUAGAGACAAUAUGGUAUGAGAUAGUAUGUGUUUGUGUGUGUGUGUGCAUGAGAGAGAGAAGCUUUUGAUGGAGAACUGAUAGCAAAAAUAACAGUGCUAUUAGAAUAUUAAUAUAUAGUUAUUCUUAAACACAUUUUAUUGAAAGGCUUUUGUCAUUUGGUCCAAAAAUUUUGCUACUACCCAGAAUUUAGUAUUUCUUAUCUACAUUAUAAUUAAUAAUUUCUUAUUUAGAAAACUGCACCAUUUAGUAUAACCAGAUAUUAUAAGAUUUAGAAUGAGCAAUUCGUUUGCUCUUUUGAAGAACAAACAAAUUAGGUUUACCAUUUUAAAAGAGAAAAUGGUGGCUUACUUCAAUGAUCGUUCAUGCCUGUACAUAUCACCUGUUUGCAUAGGCUUGUUUCUACAUGGGAUGCUAUCAUAUACACUGCUAUGUCUCUUAAAUAUUUUUCUAAAACGCUGAUCAAUAUUCCGGACACUUGACCACACCUUAGUUAUUCAAUAGGUAAGCGUUUUUAUAUUACACAUAGUCCAUUUUUUUAAAAUGCAAUGAAGUCUCUUAAGACCAGAUAUUUAAUAAUUUAACUGAAGGAGAAGAAAAAUGCAUAUUAACUUGGAUCAUCAUGGUUUAAGUUGUGAGUUAGUGUUAACAUUAUAUAAAUAGUAGGUUGUUUAUAAAUAUAUUAGGGGAAGUGUUCCUAUUGAGCUCUUUAAAAUAAGGGGACUGUGGUUUAGAGUUAUAUAUAUUUUUGCUUAUUUUAAAACUUUAAUUAUCUCAUUCUUCUGCCUUUUAAUGAAGCUUCUAAGGCAGAGAGCUGAACUAAUUAUAGAAUUUCUCCUUUGGAGAGUUAUAAUGUCACAUAGUGAACAUUCUUAUAAGAGAAAGAAUGAUUAAGUUAAGUUGAUGAAUAUUUAUCUGCAAAGAUAUUUUAUUUAAAAAAUCCAUAAAUAAAUUAUUUGAUUUUAUUGUAAACGUAAAAGUUUUUUUGAUUUUUUGAUUUUGAUUUUUUAACAUAAAAUAGUGCACAGCAAACCACAUUUUAAAAGCAUUUAUCAAUAACUUUAUUCUAGUGCAUUAGAUAAUCUAAUGCAUAUUCAAAUACACUAUUAUUUAGUUCCCACAGCAGUACCUGUGAAAUUGGUCAAGUAGAUAUUUCUAUCUCUAUUUAACAACAUUAGAAACUGAAACUAGAGAAGUUACAUUUUUAAGGUUGCACAGCUGCAAAGUGACCAAAUUGUGACUAAAUUCCAGGUUUCCGCUCACCUAAGCCAGCACUCUUUCUGUGACCCGCCAAAUGUACCAGGAGCACCUACCUAAUUAUCUGAGAGGAAAUCAACUGGAGAAAUAGGAUUUUCUAAAGUCGAACAGAGUAGUGCUAUACCCUUUAGAUUUCAGACAAGGAAACAUCCGUUUAAUGUAUCUUAAUUGUUAGUAUAGCCAACUCUAAAUUAUUCAUGUUCCUAAGAACAAGGAAAACACAGAUAAAUGAAAAUGUUAGAAUAAAGAACAAUGCCUUAUUUCGUAGACUAUUUAAUUGCCACCACCCUUCCCAGAACUAGUCAUUUUCCAUAGAUGCUGAUAAAUAACUAGGAUAACUGAUGUGAAUUUCUCCUUUUUCUUUUGCUACCUAAUCUUGGUUACAGCAACAAAAUGUCUAAAAGGCAUGUAAUAGGAAUACAAAAAUAGACAUGGAAAAAUCAGUCACUGGUUAGCUGAAUUGACUUAUAAAAGGGAUAUAGUUUCCUUUAAAAUUUUUUACUGGUUCUUUUGAAAACCUUUACAUAAGUAUGUAACAGAUAAGAUAACUUCUUUUAUUUACCCACAAACCCGUUUAUUAUGUCUUACAGAAUGUGAAUUCACAGUAUUUUUAUACAGUCUAAAAAUUGCUGCUUUCCAAACUUCUUCCUAUCACUAAUCUAUUAGACACUUUAUUUAUACACAGAUAAUUUUUUAAAACAUAUUUUUCAUUCUUGUCCACCAACCAUUUUUUCCUUUAAAAAUAAAGUUUCUUAGAACACGAUAAAAUGGACACUUAGGGUAAUGAAUCUUCUGGAAAACACCAAAAAUUCCACAUCAUAGUCUAUCAGUGAUGUAGCCAAAUGAAGUACAUUUUUAAGUCUUUCAGUAAUUGGGCUUCCUUGCCUUAUAAUAAACAGUAUAGUGUACCCAUUUAUAACGGGCAUCUUCCAUCUUUGAAUUGUUGUAAACUCAAAUAAGAAUAAAAUUUAACAAAUAUUUACCCAGCCUUAUUGUACUUACUUCUUGAUAAACUAGAUAUACAUUGAGCCUGUGUGGAAUUCACCUAGAAGAGACUAGGGUGAUCCAUGUAUAUACAUUGUAUUUAUGAGUAUAAUAAAUUGGGCUUUUGCCAUGA